GUCAAAGGUCACACGAAAUAUUUUUUAUAACUAACUCGUUUGAAAGUUUUCACUCGCAGAUGGCAUGGACUCUGGACAAAUUUCAGGCGAAAAGAAGAAAAGUCCUCCUAUCAAAGUUCUUUCCAGCCAACUCCGAGAGGGAAAAGAUAGACGAUUGAAUGGCAAGCUCGAAUUUAAUAUAAAAAGACUGGGACAAUGGAAAAACACUGCACUUGUAGUCUCUGUGGUUUGGAUGCAAGGGACAAUACUGGAAGUUCGGUCGGAUCACAACACGGUGCUUCUUUUGGACGAGACAGGGACAUUCGUUGUCAAUGGCGUCAACAACAUUCCUAAGGGCAACCCAUGCCUACUUCAGGGUAACUAUGUCAUGGUGAUGGGGAUGAUCCAGGCCCUCUCUCCAGAACCUGUCCUGCGCGCGGUAAAGAUGGCAGACCUCUCUGAACGUGCUGCGAUUCACAGAAGAAUGUGGAAGUUGGAGGUGGAAGACCUUCAGCAAACGCUCACGUAGAAAGAAGCAUAAGCAGUAUGUUGCUAUCAAUGCCUGUUUGUUUUCAUUUAUGUUUAGCAAAAUGUAACUAUUGCUACUGGUUUUGAGUGGUUUCUGGCCUGCCUGAUAUUUCAUUGCCAAAGGUAAUGGAUCAUAGCCUAGAAGUACGUGCCCAUCACGUUUAUAAUAGAAAGGCUAUAAUAUAUGCUUAUAAUGCACUAACACUGUUUAUGAUAGGCUAUAAUUAAGCAAUAAGGCACGAGGGGGUGUGGUAUAUGGCCAAUAUACCAUGGCUAAGAGCUGUUUUGACAUAGCUUAGUAUACUGUCAGCCAAUCAGCAUUCAGUGCUCGAACCACCCAGUUUAUAAUAUAUGCAUAUAAUACACUAAACAUGUCAGAAGUGCUUGAGGAGGGUUAUGAUGGAAAAAAAGCUAGUCCGGGCAAGAAAGCACAAACUCAAACAAAAGACAAAGAAUUUAAAUUAAAGAAUGAACAAUGAUCUCA